AUGUCAAGCCUCUUCAAUCCUCCUGCCUCAUGCUCACAAUCCUGGACAUGGGAACCACCGGCUGCGAACCUCAUCUUGCGUGGCCUCUUGAUACAAAACGCCGUCGACAAUGACCAGGCUGAUACUGGCUGUUUCCCGUCGGGCUACAAUCAAUUCGGAAGAACUAAGCCAUCUGUCAUAUAUAGCCCAGGCUGGUGUCCAGUCGGAUAUACUGCGGCCAAUCUAGUUGUCCACAACCCGGUUACCUCUGCGAUAUGUUGUCUCUUUGGGUUUAAUUAUUAUACACAAACCAGAACCGACAAUGUCAUAUUCGCUGGAUGCACGAGCGGUCUGUCUGCUUCAGAAACUACCAUUGUGACAGUUCGCGAAACCACCGGCGAGGCCACUCAGAUCGUGGGGCCAAUCACCAUGUGGGCACAGCCAAUUCAAGUUCAACUUCAGGAAAAAGACUCGAGCCUCUUUGUUACCUCCUCUCCAAUCACAACAAGCGAAGCAAUGACAGGUGCAACACCAUCCACAGCAGAUCCCAGCAGUCUAUCUCUGUCCUCCGCGUCUAAGCCGACACCUACUGUGAUCUUCACGGACCCAAGCCCCACAAAAACAUCGAACAGCCCGCCGAGAGCAAGCUUUGCCGUAGGCGUAGGGGCCAGUCUUGGCACGGUGUCACUUAUUGUCAUUGCCGGGCUGGCAUUUUGGUUCUAUCGACGCCAUCAGGCAAAGAAAAAGCUAGGCUUGACAGAAACAGAUUAA